AUUCAUUAUACGACACUCAUUAUGUUUGUAUAUUUUCUCAUUUAACUGCAAGUCUUCUACAUUUAAGUUGCUCUGCUGUUAAAAAAAUAUCUAUUUGUAAAUCCCAAAACUUAUUGCUGGCAUUGAAAACAUCGAGAAGUUUUCUAACAAAAAAUUUAAUUUUCCCUUUAAAAAUCCCUAAUAUGCCAUCACUGGUGAUGUAAUUGAAUUGUGUCGAUAUCGUGGGUAUCUGUGGACAUAUAUAAAUUAGUUACCGUUUAAAAUAACUUCUGAAUAAAUAUGUCUCUGAAGACCAUUUUAUCCACGAUAGUAUUUAAAACAACCCGUAAUGUUGUUCAAAAUCAACGUUUUGCAGCUCUUCAUACUAGUGUUAUUCUGAAAAAGGCUGAAGAUCGAAAGGAGAUGUUAGCUUCAAUGCCAGCUAAAGACGAAGGCACAGCCGGUGAAAAAUCCAUUGAUAUUGACACUUUAUUGGGAAAAAAGGAAAGGUUUUUCCCAGAUGCCUGUACUUCUACACAGCUCUUCAAUAGUUUGCCAUUUAAUGAGCUUCCUAUAGCUCAUGUACGUGUAUCCCCCAACAAUACCAUCAUAUCAUUCACUGAUAGUAAAGGUGUUCCACGUCUAAUUCGAUCCUGUGGUAUUGAAGGUUUUAAAAAUACUCGAAAAGGCACUAAUAUUGCUGCUCAGGCUACAGCUAUCAGUAUAGGAAGUAAAGCUGUUGAUUUGGGAUGGAAAACUAUUCGUGUUAAAGUUCGUGGUUUAGGACCGGGAAGAAUGUCUGCCAUAAAAGGAUUACAAAUGAGCGGUUUAAAUAUUGUUUCAAUAACUGAUAACACACCUGUAUCAUGGAAUCCCCCACGAGCACGUAAACAAAGAAGUUUGUAAAUAAAUAAAUAGUCUACUAUUAUUAUAUACAUAAAUAAAUGUUAAAUAAAAAAGUAAAAUAAUAUGUACAAAACAAAAAAAAAAAUAUUAUUCAUGUAAUUUCCAUUUAGUAUAUGAAUAGUAAGUGAAAUACAAAAAAAAAAAACAUGUUUAUCCAUUAAUACAGUCCAUCAAA